AUGGCCAUUCACUCAUCAUCUAGUUAUCCAUUUCGUGGAAUACUUUAUUUAUUAACUCAUCCACCUCUAUGGCGACAUAUAUUUUGUGGUUUAAUAAUAAUGUUAUUAGCAGCAAUAGUUACAUCAGUUUUAUUAUUCGUCUUUAUAUUUCCUUUACAAGCAUAUGCAUUUGAAAACUAUAUGGCUGAAUGGUUAUCAUGGUUAAUAAGUUUUUUUGUCACUUUAUUUGAAAUAGGUGUAUCAAUUCUUGUUAUCUCUUCACUAUUUCUUGCAUGUUAUAUGGAUGUUAUAUUUGAUUCAGUAUGGAGACAAGAAACAAUGGGAUUAAAUGAAGGUGAAACACAUCGAAGAUCAGCAACAACAUAUACAUGUAUUAAAUCAUUUUUAACUUUGAUCUUAUUUCGUGUAGUACUUCUUGUCGUAACAUCACCAUUAAAUUUAAUUCCAAUCGUUGGAACAAUUCUUUAUAUUUAUAUAAAUGGAUAUUAUUAUGCCUGGUCAUUACAUUGUCGAUAUUUUGAUUUACUUGGUUUAUCAUUUUUACAAGGACGACAUUUUGUUGAAGAAAAUCG